AUGCCGGCCGGGAGUAACGAUCCGGAUGGCGUCCUCAGCUAUCAGAGACAAGAUGAAGAAGCUGUGGUGGAUCAGGGUGGGACCAGCACAAUUCUCAACAUCCACUAUGAGAAGGAAGAGUUGGAAGGCCACAGGACUCUGUACGUGGGGGUCCGGAUGCCACUGGGCCGGCAGAGCCAUCGGCACCACCGAACGCAUGGUCAGAAGCACCGGAGACGAACACGGGGCAAGGGAGCCAGCCAGGGGGAGGAAGGCCCAGAGGCCCUGGCCCAUGACACACCAUCUCAGCGUGUUCAGUUCAUUCUUGGCACUGAGGAGGAUGAAGAACAUGUGCCUCAUGACCUCUUCACGGAGCUGGAUGAGAUCUGUCUGAAAGAGGGAGAAGAUGCCGAGUGGAAGGAGACAGCCAGGUGGCUGAAGUUUGAAGAAGAUGUUGAGGAUGGGGGAGAACGAUGGAGCAAGCCUUAUGUGGCAACCCUUUCACUUCACAGUCUCUUUGAGUUAAGAAGCUGUCUUAUUAAUGGAACAGUCCUUCUGGAUAUGCGUGCAAAUAGCAUAGAAGAAAUCUCAGACCUGAUCCUGGACCAGCAGGAGCUGUUCAGUGACCUGAAUGACAGCAUGAGGGUUAAAGUCCGGGAAGCCCUUCUCAAAAAGCAUCAUCAUCAGAAUGAAAAGAAGAGAAAUAACCUCAUCCCUAUUGUUCGCUCCUUUGCUGAGGUUGGCAAGAAGCAGUCUGAUCCACAUUCAAUGGAUAAACAUGGUCAAACUGUGUCUCCUCAGUCCAUUCCAACCACAAGUCUUGAAGUAAAGAAUGGAGUGAAUUGUGAACACAGUCCAGUGGAUUUAAGCAAGGUGGACCUGCAUUUUAUGAAGAAAAUUCCCACUGGGGCGGAGGCCUCGAAUGUCCUGGUUGGAGAGGUGGACUCUCUGGACCGCCCCAUCGUCGCCUUUGUGAGGCUGUCUCCGGCUGUCCUUCUCUCAGGCCUGACAGAAGUACCCAUCCCAACAAGGUUUUUGUUUAUCCUUUUGGGUCCAGUGGGGAAAGGUCAGCAGUAUCAUGAGAUUGGCAGAUCCAUGGCCACCAUCAUGACAGAUGAGAUUUUCCAUGAUGUGGCUUAUAAGGCAAAAGAGCGAGAUGACCUCCUGGCAGGGAUUGAUGAGUUCCUAGACCAGGUGACGGUGCUUCCUCCAGGGGAGUGGGACCCCUCCAUUCGAAUUGAGCCCCCCAAAAAUGUCCCUUCCCAGGAGAAAAGGAAAAUGCCUGGAGUUCCAAAUGGAAACAUUUGCCACAUAGAACAGGAGCCACAUGGGGGCCACAGUGGGCCAGAGCUUCAGCGCACUGGGCGGCUCUUUGGGGGCUUGCUGCUGGACAUCAAGCGGAAGGCCCCCUGGUACUGGAGCGACUACCGGGAUGCCCUCAGCUUACAGUGUUUGGCCUCCUUUCUGUUCCUGUACUGUGCCUGCAUGUCACCUGUCAUCACCUUUGGGGGACUGCUUGGAGAAGCCACCGAGGGGCGCAUAAGUGCGAUUGAAUCCUUGUUUGGAGCCUCCAUGACUGGGAUUGCCUAUUCCUUGUUUGCCGGCCAGGCUCUCACCAUCCUGGGAAGUACUGGGCCGGUGCUCGUGUUUGAAAAGAUUUUGUUCAAAUUCUGCAAAGACUAUGCUCUUUCAUACCUCUCCCUGCGAGCUUGUAUUGGACUGUGGACUGCCUUCCUAUGUAUUGUCCUUGUGGCAACUGAUGCCAGUUCCCUUGUCUGCUACAUUACUCGCUUCACUGAAGAAGCGUUUGCCUCCCUGAUUUGCAUUAUUUUCAUCUAUGAAGCAAUAGAAAAGCUGAUUCACCUGGCAGAGACCUACCCCAUCCACAUGCAUAGCCAGCUGGACCACCUUAGCCUGUAUUACUGUAGGUGUAGCCUCCCAGAGAAUCCAAACAAUCACACUUUACAGUACUGGAAGGACCACAACAUCGUGACUACAGAAGUCCACUGGGCCAACCUGACUGUCAGUGAGUGCCAGGAGAUGCAUGGAGAAUUUACAGGCUCUGCGUGCGGCCACCACGGACCCUAUACUCCUGAUGUGCUCUUUUGGUCCUGCAUUCUCUUCUUCACUACCUUCAUCCUUUCCAGCACCUUGAAGACUUUCAAGACGAGUCGCUAUUUCCCAACCAGAGUCCGCUCCAUGGUGAGUGACUUUGCUGUUUUCCUCACUAUCUUCACAAUGGUGAUUAUUGAUUUUUUGAUUGGAGUACCAUCACCCAAGCUUCAGGUUCCCAGUGUGUUCAAGCCAACACGGGAUGACCGAGGGUGGAUUAUUAGUCCCAUUGGCCCCAAUCCCUGGUGGACUGUGAUUGCUGCGGUUAUUCCAGCACUGCUCUGCACUAUUUUAAUAUUCAUGGACCAGCAGAUCACAGCCGUCAUCAUUAACAGGAAGGAACACAAACUCAAGAAAGGAUGUGGCUACCACCUGGACCUGCUGAUGGUGGCCAUCAUGCUGGGUGUCUGUUCCAUCAUGGGCCUGCCCUGGUUUGUGGCUGCAACUGUCCUAUCCAUCACGCACGUGAAUAGCCUCAAACUGGAAUCUGAGUGCUCUGCCCCAGGAGAACAGCCCAAGUUCUUGGGCAUCCGAGAACAGAGAGUGACAGGCCUUAUGAUCUUUGUGUUGAUGGGCUGCUCAGUCUUCAUGACAACUAUAUUAAAGUUUAUCCCGAUGCCGGUCCUGUAUGGAGUCUUCCUCUACAUGGGAGUAUCUUCCCUGCAGGGAAUUCAGUUCUUUGAUCGUCUGAAGCUCUUUGGGAUGCCUGCGAAGCACCAGCCGGACUUCAUUUACCUCCGGCAUGUGCCGCUGCGCAAGGUGCACCUCUUCACCCUCAUCCAGCUGACCUGCCUCGUCCUGCUCUGGGUCAUCAAGGCAUCUCCAGCUGCCAUCGUCUUUCCUAUGAUGGUUUUGGCCUUGGUCUUUGUCAGGAAAGUCAUGGAUCUCUGUUUCUCUAAGCGGGAGUUGAGCUGGUUGGAUGAUCUCAUGCCUGAGAGCAAAAAGAAGAAGUUGGAUGAUGCCAAGAAGAAGGCCAAGGAGGAAGAGACUGGGGUACAUGUCUUAUUUGUAUGUCUGACACUGACUGUCCUAAGCAUUGAUUUCAGAUGUGACCCCUCUGAGAUUAAUAUAUCUGAUGAAAUGCCUAAAACCACUGUCUGGAAAGCUCUCAGUAUGAAUUCCGGAAACACAAAGGAAAAGAGGAGGGUCCGCACCCUGAGCAUUGGCAGUGCCAACCACAACAGCCAGAAGAUGCCUCUGACCCAGUGCAUCUUCCUCGCUCCCUAG